AUGAGCGGAAUCAGUAAAGAAAACUAUUUAAGUCCAAUAAUUCCUCCUGAUGUAAAAGUGAAAGAUAUACGCCUAGUGGAAGCAACAAAUGAAUCGUUAAAAGAUAUUGGCUAUUUGAUUACUUCUCCGGAUGAUGUCACCGUAGAAAACGGAAAAUUUGAUAUAGUUCCUUGGCCUACAAAAGGAUGGAGGGCACUUGAUCCAAACACGGGAAAUGAAGCUGGCACAACUGAAGGAUCGAUGGAGAUUUAUUGGGAAGAAGAUCGUUUAUAUGGCAAAAACCAUGCUAUUGCUACUGAUUCUAAUCACUAUUUACUUGGAUAUGGAAACUUUCCGUCGCAAUCCGCAUCAUUAUCUAACUCAAAUAUAAGCAAGUCAUCGGAUAUUUCAUCUGUUUUCAUUUGGAGUUCCGAUUAUCAUCCUGAUGGUGGCCAGUUGUUCUUUCCCACCAAUGGUAAACCGUUCAUUUCCACUUUGGCUCCAGCUUUGGGUGAUGAUAUUACACCUGAUCAUCUCACUGCUUUUUAUGUAAGCGAAGGUUAUGGUCUAUAUAUUUAUCCAGGUGUAUGGCAUAACUCUGUUUAUAUACACCCAUCUCUUUCUCCAGUCUCAUUAUUUGGCCGUCAAGGUCGCGUCCAUGCUCGUAUAUCUGUUGACUGGGUGAAAGAGUUCAACACUCUUUUACGUGUUCCUCUCAUCUUUGAAUCUAACAAAUAG